GUGCUGAUUCCAGGCCAACUCGUAGAACAGCGGCGGGGAAAUCACAGGUGCUGGCCGGGGUUCUCCAUAUUCCUCUCCCAAAGGCCCCAACCUCGUCCAGGUUCAUGUCAAAGCUCCCCCAUUCCCCCGCCCGCUGCCCCAGGCUAGAGAGGAGCAAUUCAGGCCCUGUGGGCUGUGGCUCUCGAAUGCCAUCAUGGCCCGCCAGGGGUAAGCGCAGACAACCUCGGAUCAAACAGCCACACAAGCUUCGGCAACGAGCGGCACCCUACCUACCUGACCCUGCCUCCCUUCCACUUGAGCGAGACAAAGCUCCAGUUGCUACCGCGUAGAAAACGUUGCUCUGCCAUUCUUCUCUCCCUUUUUCCCAAACUCUUCUUCCUCCUGAUUCGAGUGACCAAGCAGAAGAGAAAGAGGCAUUGAGUCUGUGA